AUGGAUCCUAGAAGAGAUAAAAGUGGAGAUGCUCAAAAACAGUGGCUGAAGCUUAGCCUAGGGCCAUAUUUAGGUGGCUCAUCUUCAAGCUCAAGACCAACCACAUCCAUGAAGUAUACGUGCAGCUUUUGCAGGAAAAAGUUCUACAGUCCACAAGCAUUAGGAGGACAUCAAAAUGGCCACAGAAGGGAGAGAGUUGCAGCUAAAAGAUACCGUGAAUUCAAAAUUAAUCAAUCAAUAAUGAACGUGCAUUCAAACUUGGUUGUUAACACACCAGCAAGAGAUGGAGAAACCCAUGUUGCAAGGUUGUUGGACGAUGGAGAUGGAUUUGGUGUAGCUUGUGUGCAUCCUUAUGCUAUAGAGGAUUCGGUGGACUUGGAGUGGUCAGGAUCAUUUUAUUACAAUCCACAGCCAGCUUCCCAGCAGUCUGAUCCAUGUUUUCUCGACUUAAAUCUCAAGUUAUGA